UCCUGGCCACAGAUGGCGCUAUCUUUGUUGUGUUGUAAGGAUAUACUUCUUUAAAAUGUCGCUUAACUAAAGAACUCCAAAAUGUAGCAUUUCCCAAGUAUUAAUCCCAAUUUGUUAAGGAACAGAGGAUCCUUGACGAAGCACUAUUAAUGGACCAGUGACUGAUGCUUACAUGGCGGAUGCUGUGAACUAAUAAAUGCCAGCAUGUCACAGCGAACUAAAAAGUCUGGCAAAGUCGAGGAUAGCAACGCCGCAGUUGGGAAACGUCGCCGUCGACGUCCCAGCGGCUCAGAUGGAGGAGGAGCAGGAGGAGGUGGCGGUGGAGUGGGAGGGGAGGAGGAUGCAGGGUCUAAUUCUGGUGGAAAUGGACCUUUUCCAUCCUCCCUUGGAGGAAUGUGGACCCCACGACAUCUCAACGACCUCAAAGUUUCCUCAAUUUACAAUCGCAACUCCGCCGAAGCUCCUGCUGAAUUGUACAGAAAAGAUUUAAUCAGCGCAAUGAAGCUUGCUGACAGUGAGCCCCUUACCCCUGAAGAAUAUUGGUUAAUUACCGACCCUUGGAAGCAGGAAUGGGAAAAGGGAGUCCAAGUCCCCGUAAAUCCCGAGUCCCUUCCUGAACCCGAAGUCGUAGUCAUUUCGCCAGUGAACGAAAGAAGUCACGACUUCAGGCUACCGAAAAAGAAAUACAUUCGUGUGACGCAUGAUGAUUUCUUUAACCCCGAUUACCAUCAAUUAGUGUCAACGGCGGCUAGAGCGGAAAAGGUUUGCAGCUAUGACUUGGAUGAUAUUGAUGCGUCCUGGUUAAGUUGCGCAAAUUCCGAUCGAGGAAUGCAAAGCUUGCCUGUAAUCUCGGAGUUCUUGAUGGAACAAGUUAUCGAGGAAUUGGAGUUGCAGUGUUGGGAGCAAGUACAAACGAUACUCAAAAGUCAGGAAGGACUAGGAAUAGAAUAUGAUGAAAAUGUCAUUUGUGAUGUUUGUCGAUCGCCCGAGUCUGAAGAAGGGAAUGAGAUGGUGUUUUGCGAUUCAUGCAACAUCUGCGUUCAUCAGGCUUGCUACGGUAUCACAACUAUCCCAUCCGGAUCCUGGCUGUGUCGAACGUGCACACUCAGUAUUCGUCCUCCUUGCGUUUUAUGUCCCAACAUGGGUGGCGCCAUGAAGGCAACUAGGUCUGGUCAAAAAUGGGCCCAUGUGGCUUGCGCUAUAUGGAUUCCAGAAGUUAGUAUAGGUUCUGUCGAGAAAAUGGAACCAAUUACUAAAAUAUCAGCGAUCCCUCAAAGCCGUUGGUCUCUAAUCUGUGUUAUAUGCAAGGACAAAGCUGGAGCUUGUAUCCAGUGUUCUGUAAAGACAUGCAAAACAGCGUAUCAUGUGACCUGUGCAUUCAAGAAUGGGUUAGAAAUGAAACCCAUAAUUGUUGACGAAAAUGCAGAAGACGGAAUCAAAUUAAGGAGCUACUGCCAAAAGCACAGUGUGAACCCAAAGAAAGACAAAUCUCCUCAAUCUGGCUCUGAAGAAGAUUUAGAGAAGAAAAAGUUGAAGGCGAUGACAGCCGAGGAACGAAAUCAAGCUCGUGCCGAAAAAUUGCAAUUGAUCGAAUCCGAGUUUUACAAAUACGUCAGAUUAAAGGAUGUUGCACAAAAUCUAGCUGUCGACAUGGACAUUGUUAUGCUUGUCUUUAAUUUCUGGAAGUUGAAACGCAAGUCAUUGAACAACCGGCCAUUGGUACCACCCCGACCUGAAACAACACAGCUUUUAACUCAACAACAGGAACAAGAUUUAGAGCAAAUGAAAAUGUUUGUUCAGUUACGCCAAGAUCUGGAACGGGUUCGCAAUUUGUGCUACAUGGUCAGCAGAAGGGAGAAACUCUCAAGAACAUAUUUUCGCCUCCGGGAACAGACUUUUCAAAAACAGGUUGCAAUUCUUGGAGAAAAAUCUAUCGAUUCGCUUAACCCAGAAGAAAAAAGUGCAAUAGUAGCAGCAAAUCGUGGAACAUCAAUAUAUGAUCAGAUAUAUUCGUCGUUCGAAAGUACCAAUAAUAAUACACUGAAGGAUUACGACACAUUAGUCAGUUUAAUAGCCGGUGAAGAUAAAAAGGAAAAACUUGUGAAUGGUGUGAUAAAACCUAAAAAGUCCUCAGGCGGUGGACUUGGCAAUAUGAUUAAUAGUGCAAGUAGUAAUCCCUUCAAAAAGCAAUUUGUUAACGGUGCACGGAGGAAGAAUCUCAUUGGUGAGUGCUCCAGUUUGAGUGAAAGUGAAGCCAGUGUUAGUGAUGCCACGGUUAACAACGCCCUAAAGAAGAAAUUGGGUAACAGCAGUACGGGUCGCAAGCCCCUGUCUUACUUAUUCGACUCGGACUCGAGUGCUGAUGAGGUCGCUCUAGCAGGCAAAGCUGGCACUACAACCAAGGAUAAUAAGAAACAAACCAAAGGGAAAUCUCCCAAUAAUCCGCGUGGUCGUGGUCAGAAAGCGACAAAGAAAUCCUCAACUUCAGAUUCCGAUGAUCUAGAACUCCCUGUGCAAAAGGUUGUUGGCAAUAAUAACUUGAGCAAAUCCGAGGGUCCCAUCUACUCGGACAGUGACUCUGAUGGAUCUCUCAAAAAGCGUCCUGGAUCUCCUGUGGCGACAAAAGCCGCAGUUAAAGAAUUUACCAGGAAAAGCAAUAAGAAAGAGUUGGGUGCUAAAUCUUCUCUUGCCCAACAGAAGAAGACAGUUACCCCCAAACAAGGUAAACAAGGCCCCAAAGGUGGUAGGAAAAAGAAGGGUGCCGAGCAACAGCUCAUCGUGCCACAACGAGAGGCAGCUAAAAAGGCAACGGAGAGCAUUCGGACCGUAAAAUCACGAAAGGAUGGUCUUGUAGGAGACAACGCGUCCGGCCAGGACGGCUCUGUUGCCUCACCCGCAACAUUCAACGACCGAGAAAGCGAGUCUUUUGAAAAGACGGCAAUGGAAAAGUUCAAAGACAUUGCUGCUGCCUCGGUUCAAGACAAAAUCAAGAAAAGAAAUGACAAAUCUAAACCAACAGUAGCUGAGAAUAGACGAGGAGCUAACAAGAAAUCUGUUAAAUCCGAAAGCGUCGGGGGCAACAAGGACGCUGAAUCUACUAUUCAUGGACAUUAUGACGAGCUGCGGGAUCAAUACGAAUUUGAUGGUAGCAAUGAUUCAAAGAAUGUGCCAAAUUUUGUUCCCCAAAGACAAGCGGCGAAGAAGGCUGCCGAGCAUAUACGGAGUGGGCUCAGCAAUAUCGUUGCUGCUCGUCUUAUCAUUGAGGAUGAAAUGGAAGCCACGCGCAGGAAGGGCAAAGGAGAUAGGACCACUCAGCCAAACAAAACUUCCUUGGACAGCAGCUCUCCUGGGCCACCACCGACAGGAACGACUGGAGGCAAGAAACAACCCAACAGGUCCAGGGGAAAGUCUCCAUUUAUUGAUAAAGCUGUCGAAAACUCCUCUCUCCAGACUGGAGAUUCUUCUUCUUCUAAACAAAGAUCAAGAAAGCGAGUUCUCUCUAAAGAAGAUAAGGGCACAGUCAAAACAGGACGGAAGGAGGCAGCAGCCGUAGCGACGAACAGCACGACUGCUGAAGUUUCCGCUUCCGAUAGACACAGUGACUGGCCCUUUCUUAUCAGGGGGACGGAGUCACAGUGUCGUCGAAGCAGGGAACGAAGCAGCUCAUCCAGCUCGUCAAGUUCAAGCGGUUCAUCAAGUUCAUCGGGGUCCUCUUCCUCCAGCCGCUCCUCAACCUCGUCCUCACCUGCGAUUACACAGCCGACACCUGCGUCUGCGUCCCCCGAUUCCAUUACUACGACCCCCAGAAAGACAUCACCCCCAAUUAACACCAAACCGCUUUCCAUCACCCCUUCUUCCACCAUCACCACCACGUCUAGGUGUCCAAGUAAGAAGCUUAAAACUUCCGAUCGGAGCCCAGACGGUGGAUCCCGCAAUGAGGUUGCUACGGGAAAGAAACCUGCCCCCAAAAGUCGUGGACCCGCAAAGGUUCGAUCAGGGGGAGGUACAGUUGGCAAUGCACACCAGAAUUCGACAAAGCACGAUGCACCAGCGAGUAGCACACGCUCAGAUGAUGAUCCCCUCCGCGUCCGGCGGACAAAGACCAGUUCCCGUGGAAGCAGUAGUUCCAGUGAUCGUGGUAGUCCCUCGCCACAACCAUCGAGGAGUGCCAGAGUCACCCAGAAGAACAAUAAACCUGCGCAAGCGAAAGGGAAACGAGGAAAGGGAGAAUCAUCAGCAGGGGGUAGAGAAAAGGACAAAAAUUGCAUUCCUCCGGCGACCCCAACAACACCAUCAAAGUCGAAUGCAAAGUCUAAUCAAGCGAGAGCUGCGGCCAAGACCUUAAGUGGUCUGACGGCUACUUCUUCCUCCGCCUCCAAGGCGGCUGCCAACAAGGCUACUGCUUCUUCUAUUAGCGUGAGCGGCACUCUAGAAUUAUCUUCCGACUCUGAAGAGGAAUCAUCAAAACCAACAACAUUAUCUCCUGACAAGAAUAAUUCUCACUCUCAACAAAUUCCACUUUCCUCAUCCAGCACGGACUCGAGAAAUCUUAGAGCCACUGCAAGAGCAAAGAAGAAGAGUGGAGUCAGUAAUCUGUCCGACUCUGACUCUGAACUUGCAGACGAGAAGGAAAACUCUUGCCGAGCUACAGUCGUUCCACCAAGCGUUAAUGAAUCUCCAUCAACCAACACAAGAAAUCGUACUCCCAAACAACAAGGGAUUCCAUCAUCUGCUGGUUCCAUACUUUCCCCACUUACACCCUCGUCUGAAAAUAAGGAAAAGGAUUCAAAAUCCUCUGACGUGGAACCAGAUGUUAAACGUGCUCGAUUCGACUCUGGAGCAAGUGUUGGUGAAAAUUCUACCACGAUCACCGCUACUGGUGGCCAUGCUAAUAAUAAUCAGGUUCCAGUAGGUCCCAAUUCGGGUUCACAAUUAUUUUCUGCCGCCGCCACAGCUGGAAGUCUCCUCUCAGCCAAAUCUCUCUUUUCUCCACGAGCCGGUCACGAAAAUGAUCUCGUUGAUUUUGACUCGGAAUUAUAUGAUCUUGCUCGAAGUGUGUCUGCCGACUAUUCUCAAGUGGAUGAAGAGGGUGGUGCGGCAGCUUCCUCGCUCCCAUUCUUUGCCCAGUCCUUCCUCUCCCGUGAACAAACCGUGGAAGACUCUCCACAGGCGACUCUGAACCUGGUAGAAAAAUUACGACUCCAACACGCCAGAAAGUCAGGGUAUCCUCGGUCAUCCAUUGACGGAUCAGACUUGAGUUUGUCAGAGGAUCCACCAAAAUCUCCCACUUCCAAACCCGGUAGCUCACUAGCCGACCCUUCUUCCACCUCGGUUCACGAGGAUGAGAAAAUUUGUGAUGUUUCGAACCAAGAGAACCAUCCUGAAAUUAGUCCUGACCGAGACAAAUUGAUAGAAGGGGACGAGCGGUGGGUGCCACCGAGCAGUCGAUCAUCGUUAGAUCACCAUCAUCAUCAUUAUCCAGAACAUCAACAACAAAUAUCUUCUUCCUCUCAUUCUCCAGAGGGGAGGUCACGUCAUCAUCCCAUCAAACCGCCACCUCCUCACAUUGUCUCGGCAGAAUUAGUUGAUAAUCGGUACAAAUUGAGGCGAAGUGAAGAUAAUAUUGCAAACUCCGACCAACAACAAUAUUCAGCAUCCUCGUCAUCUCGGCACCAUUUACAUCAUGAAGAUUUAGCUGCCGUUGUUCGUCAGCCUCUCUCGGAGCAAAAAUCUUUAAGUGGUGAUGCUCACAACAAACUUGGGGAUUUGUCCGUGUCGCUGGCAUCUCCGACAAUGAGUCCGAUGGCCUCACCUGUUGGAAUGAAGCCGCAACAACAUCCUGGUGGGGUUCUCUUCCCUCAACAAGUCUCCUCCUCUGCAGGAUUUCCGACGACUACAGGUUCAGCAGCAGCAGGUCCCCACUCCUUGUCUAACUCUUCUUUCAUGUAUCCUCUCUCAUCUACCGGUGCUUCAAGUGUGGCCGCCCACCAGCAAAAUGUGGCUGUUCCUACUAUUGACCCAAAUAAUCCUAGAUCCUCCUCCUUUUUCCAUCACCAAGCUCCUAAUAAUCAGCAACACCCACAAAUAUCAUCAUCUAGUCUUUCUCCAGGUUAUCCCAGACAAAAUUUUCCUGGUGCUCAUCAUAUCAUUCAUGGAAAACAGCAACAACAACAGAGUGCAAAUAAGGAAUCUAUUUCUUCCCCCACGACAUCACCUCCUGUACCUCUAAACAACCAGAGAACUACAACUCCUACUUCUUCUUCCACUUCCACACCCUUCCUCGAUGAGGAUUCCAUUGCUUCCGUGACCUCUGCAAUGCCUCCACUAGCAAAACCCUCAAUCGCCUCACCAUCCAUGAUUCUUGCAGCCAACAAUGUCAAAAAUAUUACACCACCUCCACCCCCACAGUCAACCGUGGCUCAGAUCAUUGAAAAUGUGGUCAACAACCAUGCCAAUAACAAUAGUACUUUGGCUGCCCACGAGUUGUUAAACGUCAUGUUGGGGCUUAAUGCCAUUUCUUCCUGUUCUUCAAAUAAUCAUAUGAUUCCAACUUCUGAAACAUUCAAACCAUCACCGUCCCUACUUGCAGCGGAAAUUGUCCGCAACGAAAUUGCUGAAUCUGAAAUGAUGACGAGGAGAAAAUCUUCUGUGCAGCCGGUGACCACUCCUCCAAACACAUUUGCACCCGAAACGGCGGUUGAAGUCAACAUGAAACCUGACGUAUCUGCGGGAAAAAGUCCGCGUGGUCGUGGUAGACGAGCAACCACGCCUCGCAGAGGGUCCGCCAAGAAUGAGAAAAUCCUCACAAACUGUGAGACAAACGGUGUCAAACCAAAAGGACGGAACGAGAGGAAGGCAGCAACGACUGCAAAUAACAAUACUUCACCACAACCUCGAACAAAAGCACCCGCCGCCAGUCGAGGGAGAGGUCGUGGGAAGGGGAGAGGGAAAGGAAUGGUCGCCACGAGGAAGGAUCUCGCCGGAACGGUAUAUGAUAUUGACUUUGAUGAGUUUGAAGAGAAUGUGGAUGAGAAAAUGGACCUCAGAAUGUUGAGAGAGCGAAGAAAAUCGAGUGAUUUGCACACGGAUAGUAACAGAACCUGCAGAUCGGAACACUCUCGAAGUCCUUCCGGUGAAAGUAGGUUGGGAUCUUUGGAAAUGACAUCUCCAAAGUACAGAGACUUGGAUUCUAAUCAGCGACCUUUGUCAAAUCUCAAAAUUAUGCACCAGUCCCAAGUCGUCAUUGCAAAUGAGAAUACAGUUCCUAUCCUUCAACCACAUUCAACCCUUCCAGGGCCAGUGGAUAUGAGGACGUACAACAUACCUGGUGGCGCUGGUGGUGGAAGUCUAUUGGAAAUUUCAGCAGAAAAUCGAAACGAAAAGACGGACCAUCCUCGUAUUUCUAUCUACUCGAGUGGAAUGGACUCGAAAGGUUCUCUAAUUAAUGAAAUUGACGAUCUGGACGACACCCUUGACGCUUUCACCUCAUCCUCAUCAGCCCCAACGAAAGAGCAACCAAUUUACCUAACUCUUGCCAAAGGCACACCUAUACCUGCGCAACAACAACAAUUUCCAAACUUUGGAAUUAUUGACCCUGCUCACAUCCGGCGACAAGGUAGCGGUGGCGACAGCUUGACGGAUGCUCAUCAUCAGCCGUCUAUGCUGUUAGCAAGCAGAGAGUUGAACCAGCACUCAGGUGCGGAGUCGGAGUUGAGAAGCACAACCGACUUUUCCAGAAACCAACUCAAAGUCAAAAUUAAGGGUCCAUUCCUUGACGCCAACUACGGAUCACAUUCCAUGGGGGAUUCUGGUGGUAUUCCACACUAUCAGAACUCUAUGCACCAUCCUGUCGGCCCCUCACAAAUUGUUGUUCCUGCAUCCAACACAUCCAACUUACGAAGGAUGCGGAAGAAAGAGUUGCUCCGGCAGUAUUGGAAUCAGGACAUGAACAUGGAUGGUGGACCAAGUCAUGAUGCAGAAAUGUCUCACAGUUCCAUGGUGCAUCGAUCCAUUAUAACGAUACCCAAAGCCGUGGCAUCAAUGGCUAUAAUUCCAACAAAGGAUGACUAUCGGGAAAGUCUGCCGAAUGAGGAUUUGAAAGACUUGCUUGCCACAAAUCUAACCGGGCUACCCAACAACUAUCCUGGCAAAGGGGGCACGACGGAGAAGAGGAAGCGUAAUCGGGGCAUUCGUGAAAUGGCUGCCCUGGGUAUUAUAACCUGUGAUACUCCGAUUAGAGAAAGGCGUCGCGAUCGACCAGACAACAACACAUCAAACUUUUCCUCUGAAAUGGGCAAGAAGCGUGCCAAGGCGAAUAAGAAACCCAUUCGAAGUACCUUCAUCCCACCCACGCUCGUAGAUUCGGACCACUCCAACAAUGACAAGAAGGGAGGUAACAGUUCCAAAAUUCCGGGUGGUUCAUCAUCUUCGUCAGCCUCCCUUUCGCAGAACACUACUUCUGCUGUGGUUACUGCAGUUAAUCACCCCACCCCCAAACUGAAGAUCAAGUUUGGAGACGUGUCCAGAGGUCCGACCGGUGCUUCCUCUACCUCUCUAAUUUCAAACCAUGCUCUAAGCGACUCUUCGGACAAAGAGGCUCCCAACAAGAAGGCAAAGGGCCGACCUCCUAAAAAACGUGGCAUUUCUGACCUAACUCCCGCAGCCCCGCCCACGAUGGAAGAUUUGAAACGAGAGAGCAUGAAAUUCCGUGAGAUGGUCAUGCAAGACUUUGCAGUGGAAGAGAGAAAAGAAAUCCUCCAACUUCAUGGUACCAGAAGGCACAAGAAACACAAACGUAAAGGAGGGGCUGCGAGCAGUGAAACAGACGAUGGUUCCAAACAACAAACUGCCUCCGAAGUGAAAGUGAUUGCAGAUGGGUCGACCAAACUCAUCCUGCGCUUCGGCAAGUGUCGGGCAAAUGUGGUGGGAGGGAAUGGAGGAGAUGUAACAAAAUCUCGAGAUGCGGACGAAAUUUCAGAGAAAGAUAACAUGGAGGACGUGUGUGAAGGUGAAAAUGAUUCGGGUUUCACGGGGAGUAGUGAAGGGAGUAGUGGGAGCAUCAUUGAGCUACCUUCCGGUGCUAGUAAAGAGAGAUUAUCCGCAGCAGCGGAUGCAACUUCAAUGUGUACCCCAUUAGUUAAAAUUGAGCCUCAUACUUCUUCCAGUCUGAGUGUUCUUACUACUUCUACUACUACGACUACGACUUCUGAUGCCAGUUUUGUUCCUCCUACAACUGCAUUAACGACAGCAACAUUGCUACCUGAAAUACUAGGCCGCCCCAACAGCUUUUCUGAACUUUCCAAAGAAUUACCACCUGAUGUAAAACCUUUACCCGAGAGCUGUAGUUUCCAAUCAGACAAAAUUAUGCCUAUCCGCCUCAAACUGAGCAGGUGCUUUGAAGGGUAUGCAUUAAAAAAUAAGCAGGAAAAUUGCAACCCCGUUGACACUCCACCAGCCCCUGCAAAACAGUCUGAUAGCUGUGAAGUUCGGUGACCAUUUGCUGACAACCCCCCUUCCCCUGUCUUCUCGAAAUCAUUGCUAUCUGUUACCUUAAAGGCUGCCCUCGUGUUUAAUGAUCUUCCCAUAUACAAUUAACUGACCUCAACGUCCACUACUACACCUAUUACUUAAGUUCUUCGUCACUUGGGUUUUUCAUGCAACAAACAAAUCUUGCAAACCUAAAGGAUUUUCUUCUCAUUUAAUUUACUAGAAAUCUGCUCUUCAUCUCCAGUUACUGACUCUCAUCGUUACGUCGUCAAACAAGCAUGCCAUCAGUUUGAUACAAAAUAUCGCUAAAUUAGUAGGGGAUAUAAUAAUGUGUAAUGAAAAUAGAGUACAAAUUCCAGCACUUUACACAUACUAUGAUUAUACUAUAUCGUACUAUCCAAGUCAAAUAGCAAUGUUUACGAUUAACUGUGUAAACGAACAAUUUUCUUUGCUGUGAAUUCUGAAUGUGAAUUGAUUUCCAUUCAAAAGUUCUACCUCCUUGCUUCCUUUACGGAAAUUUGUCAUUUUUUCGUACUAUAUGUAUGACUAUAACUAUGAUUGACAGUACUUAGUUUUGUUUAGCACUAUUUCUUGCCGGUAAGACGCAACCAAAUUUCAGAAUGAAUGACUAUAAGAAUUUAUAUUCUUCACGUUUUGUUCACACGGUGCGGCAAAUGAGCUUAACUUUCCUAUGAAGGCCAAUGCACCACUACAUAGACGAUCAGACCAUUUUAAUUAGUCAACAUCACUCACUGCAGCUACUACUACACUGCACUAACAAGGGAACAUACCGAGUUGCAGUCCUUUGAAUAUAAAAUAUCAUUUUAAAAUUUAAUUAUGACUCAGAAGAAGAUAGUUUCAUGUUAAGGAUGUCGAACUAUGUAUUAUUGAGUGGGCAUGAAAGAAUGUUUUACACAACACCUCUUACGAAUCUGGCUACUGACAAAUAAUUGUAUGAUGCACUACAUAUUUCUCUAUACUACAUUUAGAUUAGUUCUCUGUCUUUGGUCUCGCGUCUCCAGCUUGAACAAUUUCCAACUGAUUACUAACUACUGGGCAAGUUUACCAUGUACUACUUACUACGUACAAAUGAAGACGAGAACUUUUGUUGAAAAACUGAUUUUUUCUGAUGAAGUCACUGCAACAUGCACGUGUCGCCACACACACAGCACGAAGACCCCCAUUUGCUCCCACCUACAAGAAAAAGAAAACCCCAUGCACUUUUACUACAAAGUAACGUACUUCAUACUAAAGUGUUAAGUGAUGCAACGCUAUUGAUUGUUAAAAUAAUAUAUUAUGCGGUUUCUCAUACGUGUCAAAUAAGAAAUACGUUUAGCGUUCUCACCUACUUGGACUAAUUACAACUAAUUGCUUGUAUGAUCUUCUUCUACGUGUAAGGUAAAAACAAGCAGUUUCUCCUCGUGAAAUAAAAUAUUACUUGCUGGCAGCAAGUAGGUAGGUAGGUAGGCAGACAAUUAAAUAAUGCAGGACAGCGCAUAAUACUAGGAUUAUUAUACUUCAAUUCUGGAACAAGUGGACACUACCAACUAUUAAAUGAAAUGAACAAUUGAAAUUAAGAGAAUGAAUUACGAUAGUAUUUGCAAUGUGUUUUAAUUUCCACAAUUUAUAAUUUUAAUUAUUUUGACGUUUAUUAUUAUAUUGAUUCAAACCUUAAAUCUAAUUAUGGCUAAAUGUCUAAAAUAUUAUAUUCCACGUACGUAACCACGUAUUUUUGAGUUUUAAUUUUUGUGAUAUACCGUUAUAGUUGUAAGUUUUUACAUGUAAAUAUCACCGAUAUUGCGUUGUGUUUACCAAACCUUGUAAAAAAUUAGACUUGACAUGUAAUACAUAGGUUUUAAACUUUGACCUUUUACAAAGAUAUUAUUAAAAAUCGUGAAAUCGAACAAGAUAUAGAGUAGUAAGUAUUUAACAGUAACGUAAGUGAGUACAUAAUUAUCGUGCAUUUUCAUGGAUAUACAACACUUAAGUCUUCAAAAAUAAUGGUACAUACACACUUCAUCAUUCUAGGCGCACGAUAAUUAAUUAAUUUUAGAUGUACGUCUACAACAUAAUAAUAGUGCAUAAACUUUUGAUUUUUAUUAUUAAGAUGUAUAACAUUAAGUGUAGUUUGAUUGCUGUAAAUAUACAUUAUUACAACACACACCGAUGAAUAUUGAAUAUGGGAGAAUACGAAUGUACGAAGUUGUAGGGACAAGAGAAAUAAAGAAAUUAUCCAUUAUCCAUGCAUUAUUAUCAUGUGAUGAUGAUGAUAUAUUAAUGAUAUCAGCCAUACUUAUGUACUAUCAUAAUAAAAGCUUGAGAAUGAACGAUUCCAAGCUGAUAAGUGGUAGGGAGAAGGGAAUCAGGAAUUAAGGAGGAAUAAAAUGAUAAGGGAAUAGUAGAUGAUGCGUUCAGAAAUUAGCAUAAUAAAAUAUUACUACUAUUAUUAUUAUUUGGAAUGGCUUCAAUAUAUAUAUGAACAAGAUCGAAACGUGUAUUCAUCGCUAGAUCGUUAUUUGCAUAAUACUAAUUAUUUAACUACAAUAUUAUGAUUAUUACUGUUAUUAUUAUGACCCAAUAGUUUCAAUUAAUAAAUGUAUAGACGACUCGUCAAUAAACAUGCAAACUUCA